CAGCUUCCCUGUCCCUGCUGAAGAAAAGCAAAAAAAAAUCUAUGAUGGUAAGACCAGAAGACAACUUAAGGUCAGAAUAGGAGAGCACCCCAGGGACAUAAAGAAAGAAAAGGAAAGAGAUCCUGAGAAGGGCCAUGAAAGCCCAGUGGCAAAACAUUUCGCACAACAGCACCAGGGCAAACCAGAUGGCCUUGAGGUUAAAGAUGCUCCAUGUGUUUAACCCACUUCGCAAAUCUGGCAGUGACACCUGCCUUUCUCCUGAUAAUCCUCAAAAUUGGAAACGUUUAGCGAUCCGAAGAGCCCCUCCUGCUGACAACCCAGACCCAUCCUCCCAAAAGGUUCCCGCUUUACCCAUCCCGGAGGUGCGGGUGGAACGUUCCUUUAGUGCCGGUAACUUGGUUUGUGACAGCGAUGAAGAGGAGGGGGCGGAUGGAAGAAAUUUGGGGGUCCCCGGAUCCAUGUGGAGGACACGGAGUGAAUCCCAUUUGGACACGGGAGGCAGGGAGGAGCCUCUAGGGGAAAAGGGCAAGUCUGGCAGUGGAUGGAGCUUACCGUCACCAAAGACCAUGAGGAAGAAGAGAAAGGCAGCAAAAGUUUCAGCAGCAAAACAAAACCUCUUUUCAUUUUUUAUGGGAUCCUUUAAGUCGCUGGCCUCAAGUGUGGAGACAGAUAUAGGAUCCGUCUGUGAAACUGACAGAGCGCCAAGGCACAAAAAGAAGGAACAGAAGCACAAAAGAAGCCAUUUGUCUCUGUUCCGACUGUGGCCAUCUCAUUCAUCUCAUAUUACACGGCCCAGCGGAGAAGACGUCCAGAGCUGGGGGCAGUCCCUUGAAAUCCUGCUUGCUCAUCCAUAUGGACGAGCUCUCUUUCGGGUAUUCCUGCAGUCAGAGUUCAGCGAUGAAAACCUGGAUUUCUGGUUGGCCUGUGAAGAGUACCGAGAUACGCACCCUCAUUUUAUCCUCAACAGCCGAGCUCGCAAAAUCCAUCAGCACUACAUCGCGUUUCAAUCCCCAAAAGAGAUCAAUUUGGACUCCAACACAAGGGAGCUAACCGAACACAACCUUCUAGUCCCCACACGCUCAUCAUUUGAUGAAGCUCAGCGAAGAAUUUACGGCCUGAUGGAACGCGAUUCCUACCCACGAUUUCUUCGUUCUGAUCUCUACCAGAGUAUGCUCCAUCCACCCAAUGGAGCCUGCUGAGUGAGGAAGAACAGUACGGUGAGCGCGGGGAGGAGCCAGCUCAGUACCUGGCUAAAGGGACUGCCGUUUUUAGCUUUUCAAUGGACCGUCUUAGAAAGGUUUUCUUGAAGGACUGCAUGACCUGUGUCAAGAUGGAGUCAGUCAUGCCAAAGCUUGCCAGGAGUGGCUAUAUUGAACAAUGAGUAUCUCUUAAAAUAUGCCCCCGUUUUGAUCCUGCGCGGACCAAAAUGCUUCUAUGCCAUAGCCUUCUCAGGCUAAGCCAUUUUUGAACUGUGGAGCUUCUUGCCUUUACUUUUUUUGCCAUUUUGAAUCAGAAAGGAGUCAGAGAUUGGCUGCUAUGAUUCAAGGUGGAGUCUGUCGUGUCAGCGCUUGUAGUGGUGACCAGUGUUAACACUAACGGAUCUAAACAAAGAAAAGGUCUCCCGCAGUGGUCUCGAAGGUCGUAAGGUUGGAUCGUCUUUAGGAGACGCUUCGUCGGUGGUGACCGCUUGCCUAAAAUAACCUUCCACUUAGAACACUAAUUACGUCUGAAGAUCGGAGCCAGACAGACAGACGUAGGCCUCCCUCAUCUCGGAGGCCAUUUUGAACACUAAUUUUAAACCAAGUCAUCUUUUGUUUUUUUGGUAAGUUGUAAUCAGAUAGGUGGGCUUCUAUCUUUUCUGAUGACCACCAAUGGUUGAAGAGUCAAAAUCGAUGUAAUAUAUUUUAAAUUAAUUUUUUUAAUUAUUUUUAAAAAAAAAACAGAGACAUUCAUUUUAUUAGGUUAAAACCUGCUGAUUUCAGAAUUGUUAUCAAUCCUGGGGGGUUAUCCUGCCAUGGUACAUUUUCGCCUGCAGGUCAGAUCACCGUUGUGGUCCAGUUAUGCAUAACAAAGGUCAGCCAUUUUGAACAACGUCACUUGAGCCAUCAGCCGUUAUGAGCUCAGGUAAUGAAAGGCCACGUUUUGAAAAAAACAUUGGCUCCUGCUCUCCCCCCCCCCCCCCCCCCACCAACACACCCAAAGUCUCUACCUUUUGUUAACACUAUGGAUAACCUUUGAAGCCUUGCGCCUUUUUCUUUGCACUGUUAAAUGCCUUUUGCGCCUUUUUCUGCCAUUUUUUUUAAAAUGCCUCCAUAUUGAUGCACUGAAGCCAUGUCCCGCUCCUGCACCCCGAUGAUGCACGUUGCUGCCUCAGUUCAGCUGGCCACUAUUUAUAUGGCCCAUGUAGCCGUCACCUCUUAAUGUUGUCCAUUUUUUUUUUUCCCGUGUGUUGAGUCAUACUUGUCCGUAGUCACAAUGUUAGAAAUUGUGUCAGCCAUUUUUGAAGAAGUCUGUUCCCUAGCAGGGAUCCUAAGCCUCUCUUUGCCCUUUUUCAAGUUGAGCAUUUCUUUAUUUUCUACUUUUCUGUUACGGCCUGCAUUGCCCUCCCAUAACUUCCCUGCUUGAGACCUGCAACGUGUUGUACAUCAUUUACUUGUGGCGAUAAGUUUGAAAUCAGGUUAAACAAAGUGUUUAUUUUAUUUUUUGGGUUAUGAAGUCUAAAUGUUUUUUAUGAGUAACUAUGUAACUAGUCUUAAGCACUGAAUAAAGUUCUACAGUAUUCA